CGCAGCCAGCAGCGCCCCGCGGCCGGCAGCGCUCCGGGGACAGCCGGCCGCCCCCCGGCGAGCGGGGCGUCCCGCGCUCCGGGAGGCCUCUCCCUCCCUGCUCAGGGCGGCCCCGGGAUGGCGGCGUGAGGCGGCGGCGCCGCGCGAAGGAUCUGCAUGUCCUGGGCACGAAGGAGAAUGUUCCCUGCUCAGUAAAGAGCUGAUAGCAGGAGGUGCUGUUUCUCUUGGAUCAAUAGAGUGUAAAGAGAGCUCAGUGUCGAUGCCAGCUGUCCAGAGAAUCUCUGGUGAAGAGCACAUAUCUUACUCCUGGAGAGUCCCCUGAGGAAGGCAGAGCUGUAGCAGCCUCCAGUAUUCUCUAGUAUUUCUGUGGUAUUGUUUACUCCAGAGACAUCUGAGCAAUUCACAAAGAGCAGCCUGCCCUCCGGAGGAAUUGCUGGAGCCUGUUCUGGAGCACAUCUGACUGCUACUGCCAGCGAGGCCCCAGCCAGCCACGAUGUACUGCCUUCAGUGGUUGCUACCUGUCCUGCUCAUACCCAAGCCCCUCAACCCAGCAUUGUGGUUCAGUCACUCGAUGUUCAUGGGAUUCUACCUGCUCAGUUUUCUCCUGGAACGGAAACCUUGCACAAUUUGUGCCUUGGUCUUCCUGGCAGCUCUAUUCCUCAUUUGCUACAGCUGCUGGGGGAACUGCUUCUUGUAUCACUGCACAGGAUCCCAGUUGCCGGAAUCAGCUCAUGAUCCCAGCAUAGUGGGCACCUAGAAAAUCAUAAUCUUCCAGUCUGAUGAGGGCUCUUGUUUUGCUUUUUAAAAAAGGGGUGGGGCUGGGGAGGAGCUGGGUGUUGGGUGUGGGACUGGAGUAAGGACAAGCUAUUUCCUGUAACUGUGCGUGGACUGGAGUGGCAAAUUCUUCCCACUCUGCCUGUGAAAUUCGACUCGUUUACUGUGUGAACUCUGGCAGCACCACCUGCUUUUAGAAGCAGAAGUCUUUUCUUUCUUUCCCGUAUCACCGGGAGCAGACACCAGCCCUCUCAGCUGAGAACUGCUGGAAGCCUGAGCUGCUGGCCCCUGCCCAGCUGGGGGUGCUGGAGUUGUGUGUCACUUGUCUGCAUUAGGCCAUGGUGGUCUAACUCAGGGCUCUUGGCCCACUGAUCCUGCUUGAAUAGCUACAAGAUUCUCUCAGUCUCUCUUUGUGGGGAGCCAGCCUUCCCACCUUGCUGAUCAAGGGUGAGUGCAACAGCUCACAAAUGGACUUGGCCAAAAGCUGCUGGAGCCAGAGGCAGUUGAGUCAUCUCCUCCUGCUCAGCCUGCCAAAGAGAUGUGUGCACUGCCCAAGUGCUUUCUGAACUCUUUGCUCCGAGAUCCCAGCCUGAAAGCCUCAGUUAUGCUGCUGCUUUUAUAAAGCCUGACAGGCAGUAGAGACUCUCUCUUCUCCUCCUUCUACAUAUCCUGGGUUUACCAAGGUAUUGACUGUUGGGAGAAGGAACCAGCAUGCUGCAAGACACUUUUGGUUUUGGAAGCCACUGUGAACUUUAUACAAAACUCAUGCUAGCCCGAAAGGCUGAGUGUGGGCAGGGCAGGAGAGGAUCCAUGAGGGGGAGGGAUGGCUUGAAGCAGUAAAUGCUUCAGCCAUUUUCAGAGAUAAUGUUUUUGGGCCAGAGGUGACAGAAGGUGCUGGUGCUACUGACUAGAGAAGGGCAGAAGCUGGAAAAAUGCCUGGUGUCUCCAGUUUCCCUGGCAGAAGGAUGUCAAAAAUCCAGGGUGAUGGUGGGUCAGGCCUACAGCCUGGGGCAGAGGUUGGUUUGUAAGAAGCUUUAGAGGUUGACACAAAACACUUACCUCUAAACUUUGAAGGUUUCCCUCCCCUUUGCCAUCUGUUUGUCUUUCCUUCAGUCUUCUGGUGGAGAGCAGCAGAAGUGGCUGUUGCUGUCCUGAGGCAGUUCAAGCUAUGAGGUUGUGAAACUUCCAGAGUAUUGUUUGUUCAUUGCACAGCUGUUCAAAAUGUUUAAUAAAGCUUUAUAAACUUUGGUC